AUGAGUACAAUACAACCAACAGAAUCAGAUAACACAAAAAAUAUUUUUACUAAGAGACUGGCUGUCAAGAAUGUUUAUUUUGAAUUAGUGCCAGUUUCUAGACUAUUUAAAAUAUUUUACUUGUUUGUAGAAAAUUCUAUUACAUCAGUAAAACAGUAUGUUAAAGAUGGAAAUAGUUUUUGUAUUGCUGAAUUUACUUCUAAUGAUGCAGCUAAGACUGUCUAUGAAAUGAUGAAUAAUUUUGAUAUUGAAGACACUAAACAAGAGAUAAAUUUCUAUGUUGUACCAGAAAGUAUGAAUGAUUUUGGUGAUUUAUUGACAACAUGUAAAAGUCCUAAAGAUUAUGUUCAUGAUCCUAAAAAGUACAGUAAAAUUCAAGAAAAGAUUGAUAAACAGCAGACAAAGACACAACUUUAA